CUGGACGAGCUGCAGGCUCUGGACCCGCUCGGCUACUUCGCGCAGCCCGUCGACGACGAGGCGAUCCCCGAGUACCGCACGGUCAUCCCGGACCCGAUGGACUUCAGCACGAUGCGGGUGCGGCUCCGGCGAGGCGAGUACUCAUCGCCACUGCAGCUCGCGGACGACUUCGUGCUCCUCUGCCGCAACGCGCUCGUCUUCAACCCGAGCGCCACCAACCCGUACCGC